AAAAUUCAAACAAUUGCGCGAGGUCGCACGGGCCAGACACAUUUUUUUUUAUUUCUGUGUGCUUGAAAAGCGAGGUGGUGGGCUCAGGAGCAUUUAGACAUGACAAUAAGCGCCGUGUAUUUCCAAGUAAGUGCAAUUGAGACUUUUUUUUUACAGUUUCGUUCUAUCAACUUCUUGUUUCUUGAUUGCUUUGUUUGCGCCACAAUGCUUGCAUAUAGGAAUAACUACAUGCAAAUGAGAAACAAGAAGCCUCUUGCAAUUUCUUAAGUAUAGCAGCUACUGCAGUAAAAUUUAUUUCUGCGGAUCGCUUAAUCGUUCAGCACCACAGUGUAGACUUUCGGUGUUAUUGCUACCUUGCGCACUCAAUUCCAGUGCGUAAACCUCAAACUGAAUCUGCAGUAUGCGGGAGAAGAAUAUUUUCGUUGCUCUUGUUUCCGCUUCCGUUCUCAUGUACGCCAUGUGUGCCUCAAAGCCUACAAGACCGCCGCCUUACUUGGACAUUGAAAAGUUCUACAAACAACUCGGAAGAUUAUGGAUUCUCGUGACAGCAACAGCCACGAGGCAAAACAGUACCACUUGCAAGGUGUACGAUGUAACAAAAGUAGAAAAUUCUGUUGUUCACUUUGGAAGAAUAUUUUACAGGAAAGGCAGGAGAAAGGAGAAGCGGUUGCAAGGAAAGCUGGAGACCUUUACACAUCCCAUAUUGAAGGAAAUGAUGAAGUACAAGGGUUUUAUGAAAGUAGAGACACGUGGCGAAACUCCGUUCUAUGAGUACCUGCUGUACCAGAGUGGUGAUUCUAACUGUGGUGUGUUCCAUGUGAAAAGUGGAUAUAUGCACUUCCAUGAACUCCGUCUCUGGAACACUUCUGCUGUGAGCGCCUAUAAAGAAUGUCUUCAAAAAUACGCUUACUACAUACUGCCGGGAGACGUCAUCACGAUGUAUUACAAUGGGCUAUGCCCAUUCAUAUUCUUGAAUUAAAGUAGGAGUUCUUGGAAUUGAAGAAAAGCCACAGAGUUUCUGUAUGGUUAGCAGAAACCGCAUUGACAAACUCUCACUCGCAUGCUUCUGAAAUGCAGUAUGUAGAUAUAGCG